AGCGAGCCCAUGCUCCUGUAGGUGCUCAACAAUUGUUCUGCCCCGACCUACCGCCCAACCCUCACCUUCCCUAACGAACUCUUGGCAAUAUUUCUAACAAUUUCUGAGCUACCUCACUCACUCACCCUCCUCAUUUCCUCCCCUCCACUUCACACACGACCAAAUCCAAAAUGCCUGACGCCGCUACAUCCUCCUCCGCAGCCGCGCCGCGCCCGGCGUCCAACUCUCUGAAAGCGAACUACCUCCUCGGCUACAAUGCUGUGUCCAUGUUCUCAUGGCUCUCGCUCCUCUGGCACGCCGGGCUGACCCUCAAGGUCUGGGGCCUCGAGUACGUGCACCCGCAAGUCGAUAUCUUCUGGAAGGUCACGCAGUCGCUCGCCGUGCUUGAGAUUGUGCACUCUGCUUUCGGAAUUGUGCGCUCGCCUUUCAUGACGACACUGAUGCAGGUUGCGUCGCGUUUCCUGGUCGUUUGGGGGACUGUCACUCCGUUCCCGCAGGUCGCGAAGAGCCCGGUGUUCAUCAGUCUGCUAGUUGCGCAUGGUGUCACGGAGGUGAUUCGCUACGGAUACUUUGCGAUGGCGCUCAGCGGGGAGACGAUUGAGUUCCUGGGGUGGUUGAGGUAUAAUACGUUUAUUGUGCUGUACCCGCUCGGCAUUGCGAGUGAGUGCUGGCUUAUGUACCUUGCGAUCCCGUACGCGAACGAGGUAUCGGAGCUGUGGGGAUAUUUCUACUACGCGAUGCUGGCGAUUUAUGUCCCGGGCACCUACGUGCUGUAUUCGUACAUGAUGAAGCAGAGGCGGAAGGCUAUGAGGGGAAAGGCUGUGGAGAAGAAGACCCAGUAAGGUGGAGGAGGGAGGGGGAGAUUUGAGGCGAAGGGUUAAAAAUGGAUGUGGGAUAGUUAAGUAUGAAUAGAUGAUGGCUUACUGUAUAUUAUAAUGGAAAUGAAAGGCGCGAGUAGCGCUGCGUUUGCUUGAAGACUCAUAUAUUGCAUGACUGCAUCAGCUCCUUCCACGCCAUCGCUGAGCGGUUGGCGAAAGCAUGAGCGCGGCAUCUUGCCAC